GAAAGCCGGACCGAAGCCCUUGGCAGACCCACUGGGGUCGUUGGGACUUCUCCGAAGCGCUUUGGGAUCGCAAACAGUCGAAGCGCUUUGGCAUCUCUGAAACCUUGAGAACUGUGAUGGGCAGUGGAAAGAAGGGGGAAAGGUGCCCAUGGCGUCGGAGCGGCGCAAGGUCAAGUACCACUGGAGUAGCACUUCGGGAGGGUGUCCCCGCAAGCGCAGCCGCCCCCGGGAGCCCGGCCAUGUGGCCCCCUCCAGCCGGCCCGCUCGCAGCUCUGCGUCGCGGUCAGGAGGGGCCAGCAGCCCCAAGCGCCUGAAAGCCCAGGAGGACGACGAUGUGGCCUGCACGCUGCGGCUGUCCCGGGGCUCAUCCCGCCACAGGAAUUCCUCCUCCUCCUCUUCCCAGUCGUCUGGCCCAGGUGUGGGCGGGGCUGCCUCCAGAGGCUGCCUGAGUCGGAGCGCACAGGGGUUCCUUUCGUCCAGGGAGUCCCGUCUGGGCCCUGCCAACCCCUCGCUAGAAGAGAUGGCUUCUCUAGAGGAGGGAGCCUGCAGCCUUAAGGUUGAUUCCAAAGAUAGUUCUCGUAAUUCCAUGAACUCUGAAUUUGCAGCUGAAGCUGAGGGUCAGAAUGAGGUGACUGAGGAACCUAACAAGGUCCAGAAAAGGAAGAGGGAUAGACUUCGAGACCAAGGCUCUACCGUGAUCUACCUGAAGGCUAUCCAGGGCAUUCUGGGAAAGUCGAUGCCAAAAAGGAAGGGAGAGGCUGCCACUAGGGCAAAACCAGGCCCCGGAGAGCGUCCCAGCUGUGGAGAAGGACCAGCCAGGAGUGUCAGUGUGUCUGCUCCUCAGAAAGAGAGGGAGUCAGCCCCAGACGUCAGAGCGGAGGAGGAAAAGCCUGUGCUGGAGGGGAGCAGCUUCCGCGACAGGAGAGUGGUGAUAGACCCUCAGGAGAACCCCACUGAGGAGCCACUUGGGGACCGAAGGACAGUCAUUGACAAGCGCUCUCCACCCCUAGAGUUUUUGGAUGACUCUGACUCUCAUUUAGAAAGCCAAAAGCCUAAAGAAAGGGAGGUGGUGCUAGAGCACACCUCUUCAGGAAGUGACUGGUCCGAUGUAGACGAGAUCCCCACAGUCAGAUUCUCUCAGGAGGAGCCUGUCUCGUUGAAACUCCCAGCAGUUCCAGAGCCUUCUGCCUUCCCCACUGACUAUGUCAUGUACCCGGCUCAUUUGUACAGUAGUCCUUGGUGUGACUAUGCCAGCUAUUGGACCAGCAGUCCCAAGCCUUCCAGCUACCCCUCUGUGGGCAGCGGCAGCGGCAAUGACACAUCGCAGGCUGGGAGGGGCAGCCGGGGCCUCCUGAGUGAUUAUCCUCCCAACUCCACAGUGAGCUCCCACAACGCCUCCCGAGACUUGGUGGCCACAGAGGAGGGCAGAUCCCAGAAUUCGCGUUCAUCGCGCUUCUCCAGAAGCUCGGAAGAAGAAGAGCUGAAGGAGAGACGGACAUUCCAGGAGGAGACGCCACUGCGUCCUUGUGGAGGACAUGGGUCUAGCUCCCUGCCAAGGAGCCAUCGGGAGCCCAGCCCAGAGGAGGGUUUCAUCGAUACCCAUUGUCACUUGGACAUGCUCUAUUCCAAGUUGUCUUUCAAAGGGACCUUUACCAAGUUCAGAAAAAUUUAUAGCAGCUCCUUCCCUAAGGAAUUUCAGGGCUGCAUCUCUGACUUCUGCGAUCCUCGGACUCUGACAGACUGCCUGUGGGAGGAGCUGUUGAAAGAGGAUCUGGUUUGGGGGGCCUUUGGCUGUCACCCUCAUUUUGCACGUUACUACAGUGAUGUUCAAGAAAGAAAUCUUUUGCAAGCCUUAAGGCACCCCAAAGCUGUGGCAUUCGGGGAGAUGGGCCUGGAUUACUCUCACAAGUGCACCACGCCUGUGCCCGAGCAGCACAAGGUGUUUGAGAGACAGCUGCAGCUGGCCGUGUCUCUGAAGAAGCCCUUGGUGAUCCACUGCCGAGAAGCUGACGAAGAUCUGCUGAGCAUCAUGAAAAAAUUUGUGCCCUCAGACUACAAGAUCCAUAGGCACUGCUUCACCGGCAGCUACCCGGUCAUCGAGCCCCUGCUGGAGCACUUCCCCAACAUGUCUGUGGGCUUCACGGCGGUGCUGACGUACUCCUCUGCCUGGGAGGCCCGGGAGGCCCUGAAGCAGAUCCCGCUGGAGAGGAUCAUCGUGGAAACUGACGCGCCCUACUUCUUGCCUCGACAGGUUCCCAGAAGCGUCUGCCAGUAUGCCCACCCAGGCCUGGCUUUGCAUACAGUCCGAGAGAUUGCCAGGGUCAAAGAUCAGCCACUCUCCCAUACUUUGGCCACUCUGCGUGAGAACACCAGUCGCCUCUACAACCUUUAAUCAGAGAGGGUGCCAUCAGGAGUCUCCCAGAAAAGGACGACCAGCAGCCUGACAGAACAUAGGCUGGGUUUGAACUCUGCCUGUGUCCCGGGUCAAGGAUGUGUUUGGAGAGCCCAUUGGAGUGGAGAAAACCAGGCAGGAUGUUUUCCUUGAAACCUCAUCAUAAGGCUUCUACUUCCGGCUGGUGGGGGGGCAGGGGGAGGGGCGCACAGUAGAGGCGGACAAGGGGUGGGUUUUGCCUCUUGGCCACAGAGCUCCAGGGCAGUCAGUGAAGAAGAAAGCGGCUGAUGGAAGGGUGCAACAGGUUUGCCAGUCCACAUCCCUGUUUUCUGCAGCCUGUGUUUUUGACCAGUCUGUGAAUAAAGUCCCUUCCUACUGUCUGAGUACAUGUGGGCGUGUAACUUCGUUCCUGGUUCUCAGUGCUAAAAAUGAACUCCCAAGUGGGAAAGCUCCUCUGUGGGACAGUCACUGGAGACCUGCCUCAGAAGUUUAUUUUCCUGCAACCCAUGGAGUCAUCCCCCUUCCUUCCCUGGAUAACUCUGCAGUGUGGCUGUCACUGUUGCUGCAUCAGCUCUGCGUUGGCACAGGCGAAAGGACCUCAGCUGCUGGUCUCACUGGUUCCACUGCCAUCAACACGGAGGGUCAGAGGGGUGUUCGCUGACCAGGGAAAGUCCUGGCAGAUGGCGAUCCAGACAGAUUUGGGGAGUCAAGGUAGAGGCUUCUUGAGGAAGAGGACCCCAAAAAAAGUGUUCCCACUUCCUGAUGCCCCCAGGGCUGCAGCUUGGGUGUGUUAAACUGAUAAAGGUCCAGGGUGCAGCAGAAGCUACCUCUAGUCUGCUCUCAGCGGGUCCUAGCCGCCCUUUGCUCCAUUUUUGCCCCCUUCUGGAGCACUGGACCAAAAAUACUCCUCCCGUUUGAUCCUAUAUAACCGCCCCUUGUUUGCUCCCAUCUAGGUUUAGAGGUAAGCAAUUUAAUUCUCUGAAGCUCUGCUGGGGCUGCUCAGCCAUGUUCUCUUGCCUCUGCAGGAGAAGCAGGCCUGGUGUCUAUACAUUUCUCCCCUUCCUGGGCUCUCCUUUGCCUUUGCCUCCUCUCUGUCCUUGCUCCAUGCUGGAGGUGAGAGCCUCUUCUUUGACUUUCGAGCAGCUGGGUCAUCUCAAGUUCUGAGUGUUUGCUCCCUGCUGGUGCCUUGUAAAGGUGUAUUCAUUACCGGCCCUGGAAGGUUACAGUGGUCAAGGGUCAAGUGUGAGGACACCGGACUUUGUCCAAAAGGGUCCUUUACCCCAACCUCCCACGGUGAGAAGGCCACCCUGAGUCCCUUGUCUGUUUCUUGGAGGCCAGCAGCUUAAGGUGUAUAAUCCGUCACUCAGGCUGGAGUCCUCUAGGUGUUUUUGGAAGGCCCACUUGAGCCUUGUAAAGUAAGAGGGAGUGCACUGAACGUGUCGUAUCUGAUACUUCCGUCUUGCCCUGGCACACAAGUCGUUGGCCUGGGAAGGAGGCCUUGAUUCACUGUCGACCUUCCAUGGAUCAGCUGUUUGUGCCUCAAGUUUGCCAGUGUGGGGAAUUGGGCCUAGUUCUCCUGCUUGGAAGAUUUGGGGGACUGCUGAGUAUUUCAGGGUGCUUUAUUGACACCCAGGUGAACAUCAGCAUAUCCAUCUCCUUCACAACAAGCCCUACAAGUCAAUACUGCCUCUUCGGGAAACCAGCUAGUCCUGUUAGAGGAUUGAAAGCGGUGACAGCGGAUGUCUCUGAGCCUGUGUGGACUCCCUGCCAAGGUAAAGCACAAGGUGCUAUAGACUUUCCUCCAGGAUUUGGGAGUAUCCUGUCUUUGCUGGUACACAGUGACACCUGUGUGGGCAUGGAAGCUGGCCGGCAUGGCUUUGAUUCAGUUUUUGGAUGGCUGACAUGAUUGUUUUUGCUGUGCUGCUGGAAUGCCUCUGUAUCCCCCCCGGCCAUCUCUUUCUGAAAAUAAAGUGAUGGAUCUUCAGCCAA